AUGUUGGUGGAAGAGACCAUAGGAGAAACGGAAGGAAACCCAGAAAUGGAAUCACCAAGGGGUCUGAAGAAGAUGGAGCCGUGCGAGGACGAGCCAUCACCGAGGGGUGUAUUGGAAGUCCCUGUUACCGACUCUGACUACAGUAGCAGUAGCUGUGCCUCGUCUUCUUCUGGUGAAAAAACGGCGGGCCAGAGGACGCUGGUGCGAGAUAUCAGCAAUGGGUUGCAAUGGAAAGGCAAGGGAAUGUUUGAUGCCUUGAAGAAGAAGUCAGCUAGGCGAUUCUCAACGAUUCCCUUAUUGGGUACCAGCUAUGAAUUGUCGAGGAGAAACUUAAGGAGGAGACUGGCUCGGAUUUGGACCGCCGAGGAUGAGGAGGAAGGAGCAGAUGUUGAUGGGAUGAUAGUUACGAAACCGUCAUGGAGGAACUUUGAUUUUGCUGAGCUUGCUGCUGCCACUGGCGAUUUCAAACCAGAGAACUUAGUUGGGAAAGGUGGCCAAGCAGAAGUUUACAAGGGGCUCUUAUCCAAUGGUCAAAUUAUAGCUGUAAAGAGGCUAAUGAAGAAAGAGAGAGAAAAUGAGGAUAGAGUUGGUGAUUUCUUAGGAGAGCUUGGGAUUAUUGCACACAUAAGCCACCCGAAUGCUGCUCGGUUGCUUGGGUUUGGCAUCGAUGGUGGUUUGCACCUUGUACUCCAAUUUUCCCCACAUGGCAGCUUAGCUUCUCUACUUUUUGGUUCAGAAGAAUCUAUGGACUGGAAGGUCAGGUUUAAGGUAGCAGUUGGGAUAGCAGAAGGCUUGCGAUAUCUCCAUCACGAAUGCCACAGGCGCAUUAUUCACAGAGACAUCAAGGCCUCUAAUAUCUUACUAACCGAAGAUUAUGAAGCUCAGAUAUCUGAUUUUGGACUAGCGAAGUGGCUCCCAGAAAAAUGGACUCACCAUGUUGUAUUCCCUAUUGAAGGCACAUUCGGGUACUUGUCUCCAGAGUAUUUUAUGCACGGGAUUGUUGACGAGAAGACGGAUGUAUUUGCAUAUGGUGUUUUAUUACUGGAGCUCAUAACAGGUCGCCGCGCAGUUGAUUCAACUCAGCAAAGCCUCGUGAUAUGGGCAAAACCACUUCUGGAUGCUAGUAAUGUCAAGGAACUAGCAGAUCCUCGGUUAGGAGAUGCAUUUGAUCCAGUGGAGAUGAAAAGAGCCAUGGUGACAGCUUCAAUGUGCAUCAGUCAUCAAUCCACAAAGCGUCCGUACAUGAAUCGGGUAGUGCAGAUACUAAAGGGUGAGGGUGGAAUUGUAGAUCAGUUGAAACAAAAGUCUUCAGUAGUGAGAUCACUCGUUUUAGAGGCUUGUGACUUGGAAGAUUAUACUUGUUCUAACUACUUGAGUGACCUAAAUCGCCACCGGCAACUCGUAAUGGAUCAGUAG